GUCUCAUUCUCAUCGACCCCCCACGGCCCCACCUCGCCCUCGCUCUCGCCCCCUCUUCUCUCUCUCUACACCCUCCCCUUCCCCUAGUUCCCCUCCCCUUGUCGAGCUAGGGUUAGGGUUUGCCUGCGCCGCGUUCCCUGGCCAGUUGAUCGAUCGAAUCGGACGACCUCCAGCCGGGUGCCCUCAUCGAUCCAUCCAUUGGUCCUUGGAUUCGAUCGAAUUUCCACUUCAUAUCGACAUCAUCAUCAUCAUCAUUUCAUCAAUCUCGGUUCUCCGUUUCUGAGAAGGGGAAAGACGAAAAGCUAGCAAGGGAUUCGGUGGGUUGAUCCCUCCUUUGAUCCACCACCUGCUGCUAAUACAAAUUCUCAAGAGCAGCAGCAGGACCAUGGAUCCCAGCCAGAUGAUGUUCCCCAUGUGGGGGGCGCCGCCGCCGCCUCCCGCCGCCAUGCCUCCGCCCUCCGAUGACCCCGCCGUCGCUCCCAACGCGCAGCCCUUCCUACCCCCUCCCAACCGCGGCUGGAAGCGCAAGAACCCCGCCGCCGCCGCCUACCAGCCCCCGGCCCUCGGCGACCUCCAGGUGCAGAACCGGGCCAAGGCUCGCCGCUGGUUCAAGAAAAGCAACAACAGCAACCCCAACACCGCCCGCAAGUACUUCUUCCCCAAGAACAAGAACAAGGCCGCCGCGCCGCGCAACACCACCUCCUUCAUCAUCCGGGCCAAGCGCGCCGGUGGCAUUGCCUCCCUCGUCUCUCCGUGCCCCGUCACGCCCGCCGUGCUCCCCACCCCGCGCCUCUCCCCCUCCCGCGAGGGGCUCGCUGACAUGGCCCAGGCGCAGUGGGGCGUCGACGGCUACGGCUCCAUGAAGGGCCUCAUCCGCCUCCGCAGCUCCCCCCAGCCAGCCAACCCCAACGCCGCCGCAUCCGACGAUGAUGACGACGGCAACUCCAGCGGGAGUGACGUCGAGGAGCACGUUGAGAUGGAGCGCCGCCUCGACCAUGACCUCAGCCGCUUUGAGAUGGUCUACCCUGGGAGAGGGGAGGAUGCUGGGGGCGGCUACGUGUUUGAGGACGACGACGAGUAUGACCAAGAUGCCCAUGUGUCUCGCCUCGAGGAGGAGAACCUGACGCUAAAGGAGAGGCUCUUCUUGAUGGAGCAGGAGGUAGGUGACAUGAGGCGCCGCCUGGAGGUGCUUGAGGCGCGGUUUUCACAAUGCGAUGGCGUUGCGGGUGGCGAGAAUGCAGUGGAAGAAGCUCCUCCUGGGAAUGAUGCAGAGAGGGUCCAUGGGGUGUCAGAGAAUAGCAGUGAGGGUGAUGCAGAGGGGGUUCAUCUGGGAUCUGACAAGAGCGAAGGGCAAACUGCAGCGAUGCAGGCUCCUGUGGUAUCAGUGAACACUGGUGAGCAUGAUGCUGUGGGUUCGGAAGAGGCUGGCAAGCACAAUGUGAAGGAGCAGGUUGCUGUGGGUUCGGAAGAGGCUGGCAAGCACAAUGUGAAGGAGCAGGUCGCUGUGGGUUCAAAGAAGGCUGGUGAAACAGAUGCAGAGGAGCAGGGUGCUUUGGGUGGUUCGGAGAAGACCAGCAAGCACGAUGCAGAGAAGCAGGGUGUUUUGGAUGAACACGAGAUGGAGAUGACUGAUUCAGAGAAGAUAGGCGAACAUGAUAUAGAGAUGGUUGAUUCUGCGUUAGACAAGAAGAUGGGUGAGGACAACGGUGAGAUUAGGCUCGAGCCGUGGCAGUGAGGACUGAUGGAACAUGGAGAAGAGAAGUCAGUACUGGUUGUUGGUGCUGUACAUACGCAUCAAUGAUGGAUUGAAGAGAUGCAACAUGGACUGGACAUGUUUUGGAGACAGACAUGUUGCGUAACAUGUAUCCUGCCUGGUAUUAGCAGUAUAAUAAGUUUGUUGUCCCAUUUUGAGUUUAUUUCUCUUGUUCCUUGUUAUGAUGAUCCCGUAGACCCUGUAGAGCACUGCUUAGAGCUGCCGAAAGUGGUAGAUAUGGAGGGAAGAACUGAGAUGAUUGAUGAGUUUGUUCUCAUUAACCAUUGUUGCGGUUGCUGUUGCUAUUCAAUGUGUUGUGGUUGUACCCCCAGUUAUGUUGUUGUCGCGGGCAUCAUCUUAC